AUGGCGCCUGACUACACUCAGGAGCAAUUUGACAGAGAGGUUAAGGAGGUGCUGACUGUCUAUGGACCCAACCCGUCAGAGGAAUCUGUGCAGUAUGUCAAGAAAAUAAUAGGAGAGUACCUGCAAGCCAUGGCAGAGCUGACCACGGGGGAGACACCCCAGCUGCUGACCUCUGAAUUUUUUCUUCUCUUAAUAAUGGCUUAUGACAGAUAUUUGGCCAUCUGCAACCCUCUACGAUACAGCAUGUUAAUGAGCCCUAUGGUAUGCAUCAGAUUGGUUAUCAUGACUUGGCUGUUAAGCUUUUCUAUUGAAUUGGCUGUAAUAAUAUCAACAAUUCAACUUCAGUUUUGUGGCCCAAAUGUUAUUGAUCACUUCUUCUGUGAUCUUGUCCCAUUGAUAGAACUGUCUUGUUCAGACAUCAGUUUUCUUGAAGUGGAAAAUCUCAUACUCAGUGUACUUGUUACUAUUACUUCACUUAUAAGUAUUGCAGUAUUUUAUGUGUAUAUUAUCCAGGCUGCCCUAAGGAUGUCCACCACAAGUGGAAGAUCAAAGGUUUUUUCCACUUGUAGCUCUCACCUCACUGUGGUUUCUAUAUUCUAUGGCACGAUACUUGGAAUUUAUAUGCUUCCAAACAAAAAUAAAUCUAUGUCUGUCAACAAAAUUGCAUCCUUGUUAUACACAGUGGUGACUCCUAUGAUUAAUCCGAUCAUAUACAGUCUGAGGAAUAAAGAUAUUGAGAAAGCUGUGAAAAAGCUUUGGUCAAAGUAA